UCUUUUUACGUUUAUAACCUAUGUUGUCCGAUCAGCCCGCUCUCUCGUACGGAAAUUGCAUGGAGUUUAUAUUUGUUAAAUUGUGGUGAUAGUUACGUUUAUUAUACGUUCCUCUUAAAUACAGUUUACAGUUUUUAAACAUGACGACUCUUAGGCCUUUCACUUGUAACGAUUUGUUCAUAUUCAAUACCGUGAAUUUGGAUCCGUUGACGGAAACUUAUGGACUCUCUUUUUAUACGCAUUAUUUGGCCCAUUGGCCCGAGUAUUUUCAAGUGGCAGAAUCACCAAGUGGAGAAAUUAUGGGUUACAUUAUGGGAAAGGCAGAGGGAUACAGGGAGGAAUGGCAUGGUCACAUAACUGCUCUCACAGUCUCUUCUAGUUAUAGAAGAUUAGGCCUAGCUGCAAUGCUGAUUAAAUUCCUUGAAGAGGUUUCAGAAAAGAAACAAGCCUACUUUGUAGAUCUUUUUGUUAGAGUCAGCAACAAGGUGGCGAUCAAAAUGUAUAAACAGUUAGGGUAUAUUGUAUACAGAACUGUUUUAGAAUAUUAUAAUGGGGAUCCAGACGAGGAUGCUUUUGACAUGAGAAAGGCACUUUCCCGAGACUUGAAAAAGAAAUCGGUAAUACCAUUGACUCAUCCAGUAACACCAGAAGAAGUAAAUUGAUUGUAUGUAUAAAUAUUUAUUUGCGGAAUCUACGAAAAAUAAAUAAUGCACAUGUGCGAUACGAAAUCAUUAUAGUAACAAGACUUUUACUGCCUAAAGUGAAUAAAUAAUCUCUUAAAAUGCA